AGUGGUGUGAUCCUAGCAAGAGUAUCAGCACGUGGUCUAAUCGAGACGGUGUCGCGUGUAGUGAUGGUAAUCUAUGUACACGCACAGACACGUGUCAAAGCGGCCAGUGCACAGCUACACCUUUCAACUGCAACUCAGAUUGUCAGUACUGUAAUGGUAACAGUUGCAGUCUGAAAACUGGAUUUGGCUUUGCGAACAGUACCUGCAAGUGUAAGAUAGCAGGCCGGGACUAUAGUCAUCAAGCAGUAAAUCCUUCAAAUCAGUGUCAGUGGUGUGACUUGCACGACACAGCAGCUCGUGCCAAAAGUGCCUGGAGUAAUCGCCCAGCAGUCUCUUGUGAUGAUGGCAAAGACUGCACAAAACAAGACAUCUGUAACUCUGGCAAGUGCAUUGGACAAGAUUACUCUUGCCAAGCUUCUUAUCCCUCUACAAGCUGUAUUCAAACCUCGCAGUGUGUUGGUGACGGAUCUUGCCGCGCGAUCAUGAGGCCAAGUGGAACAAUCUGCCGCCCGGCUUUGGACGCCUGUGAUCGACCUGAACGGUGCGACGGAAGUCUUGGAUUAUGCCCUGGUGCUGAGAUAGAUAGUAUCACAUUAACAACCGGCACUAUAAAACUUAGCGACCAAGCCUUUCAAUCAGACAUUCACUUUCAGUACCAUACAGAUAAACUUUACCUUCAGAUGACAGGAUUUUCCAUCUCAUGUGGCCGAUUGACACUUCAAUGGUUUAUUUUACCAGCAUCCUCUGCCUGCAGUAACGCGUCUAGUGUGAUUGGGACGUUUCCUAAUAACAACGUUCAACAAGCUCUAUCAGGACUAAAUCUUCAAGAUAACAGCAAAUACAAAGUUGCAAUACAAGCGUCUGAUAUAAGAAAUAACAUUCCACAACUUGUCUGUAGCGGCAAGGUCACGAUUGACACAUCGACACCUAAACGUGGGUGGAUCCAUGAUGGCCACAGAGCAGACCUAAGCUACCAAACCUCCAAGUUCUUGCAAGUAAACUGGGGAGGAUUUCAAACUAGACAUGGUGUCGCCAAGUAUGAGUGGAAAGCUCUCCUAACAUCUUUUAACAGUAAUCAAACAACCGAGCUUACAUCAUUCACCAACGCAAAUUUAAAUACCAACGGAAGCAAGACCCUCAGUAGCGUCACAGACGGCUCAAAGGUGACAUUCGUUGUUCGCGCAUUCACAAAAGCGGGCUUGUUUACUGACCUCACCAGCGAUGGAGUUGUCAUCGAUACUUCCUCACCUGUAGCUGGCACAAUCUAUGAUGGAAGUCAACCUGGUGUAGAUCUCAAGUACGCCAAAUGGACGACAACGUACGCCGCAAACUGGGACCACUUUAUAGAUCCUCAUUCCCCUCUUUCAGGAUAUGCUUUGGCGAUACAGCGGCUAGGAGCUGGUUUAGUCACAUCAUUCAAGACGACAGCCAUGAACUGCUCUUCCACCGCAACAAACCUGAACCUUGUUUCGCAAGAAAGCUACUGCGCGGUCGUUAGAGGCUACAACAAAGCUGGUCUGUACACUCAAGUCCAAUCAGACUGUGUGUUGAUAGACCAUGAUGCUCCACAAGGCGGUGUUGUUAAUGAUGGCCACUUAAGUGAUAUAGACUACCAAUCAGACAAUACAAUGAUAGCAGCAAACUGGAAUGGUUUUGUGGACGGUAACAAAGGGAGUGGAAUCGUAGAUUACAAUUAUAGAGUGACAGAUAGCAGUGGACUUAUUGUUGUUUCUUGGACGUCAGCAGGAAAAGCGACAAACAUCACACAUACCGGACUGACGUUAGGAAACAACACAAAGUAUUUCGUGACUGUUAGAGCGAUCGACGCAGUUGGUUUCACCACUGACGUCACUACUAAUGGCGUUACCGUGGAUACGACUCAUCCUAUAUUUACUGGUCAAGUUAAAGUAACUGGAGAAGACGACCUCAUAAAUGGAACACAAUUCGUAUACGUGCCGAGUGUAUCGUCCUUAUCAGUUGGCUGGGUCGGUUUCUCUGAUACCCAUAGUGGUCUCAAGCGCUACGACUGGGCUGUUGUACCUUCGGGCACGUCACCAUCAAAUUCAGACUUUAAAGCAAUACCAGGAUCUAAUCUGCCGACUUCUGCAACAUUUAAAAAUCUUACAUUGUUCCAAGGAAAGGCAUAUCAAGUAAUAAUAAGAGCCUACAAUAGAGCUUUCUUGUAUAAAGAUGCUCAUUCAGUCACUCUCAUACCCGAUGCCACACCUCCGUCCCAAGGAAAUGUUUACGAUGGGCCAAAACCUGAAGUAGAUAUCAAAUAUCAGGCAGACGUGAGGCAUGUUUACGGUUCCUGGACAAAGUUCCCAGAACCUCAUACUGAAGUCAAGCAGUACUAUUUUGCCGUCGGAAGCUGUACCCCUGGUAACUAUCAUGUAACAGGAAAUACAUUCAUAAAGGUUGUACCUCCAAAGGCUACUUCAUUUAUGCUGAGUAAUAUUACACUGGUUAAUGGUCAGAAAUACUGUAUCAAGAUCAAAGCUGAAAACAGAGCUGGAUUGACAAGCUCCGAAGUGUCUUCGGAUGGCUUCGUUUCUGACGAGACUCCCCCAAGCUUAAGCUUACGAACUGCGCAAGUGCAUGACGGAAGUUCAGGCUCAGACAUCGACUAUCAAGAAAAUACCACGGCACUGUCAGCAGAAUGGGAUGGUUUUGAGGACCACGAGUCUGGAAUCCAGUAUUAUGAGUAUGGUGUGAGCAGAAAUCGUGGAGUUAUUGCAGAUGUGUACCCGUUUCAGAAGGCAGAGCGAAAUAACUCAGCUACCGUCUGCGGUCUUUCCCUGGCUAACGAUGUAUAUUACUUUACUGUUUGCGCUGUUAACUAUGCUGGACUGCGCAACUGUAUGAGCUCUGACGGAGUGCUGAUCGAUUUUAGCCCUCCAAGCCAUGGUGUGGUGCACGAUGGAGUCAUUGAACCAGAUCUUAAGUAUCAAUCUUCUCUAUCAGAUAUGGCUGCAAACUGGGAAGGAGUCUGGGACUUGGAAAGUGGAAUUGAAAAAUUUGAGUGGAGUAUUGGUACAAGUGGAAAUGACAAAAGCAGUGUUCAAGAUUACACGGAUGUUGGUCUUUCGACACAUGUCAGAAGUCAAAGAGCCCUUUCUUUACUGAGUGGAACAAAAUACUAUGUGCAUUUAAAAGUGACAAAUCAGGCUGGUGCUGUCAGGGAACUGGUUUCGGAUGGUGUCAUUGCAGAUGCAACUCCACCAAUACCGAGUACAAUUCUUCCAGGCUAAGGAUCACAGGCUGGGUGGAGGUACUACGAACAAGACAACACUUUCUAUUCGGCUUCUGAAUCUAACAUUGCAGUUUACUGGAACAGCUUCUCCGAGCCCGAAAGUGAACUUUGGUACUACAAGUGGGCCAUAGGUACAAGUAAAUGUGGAACUCAAGUUCAACCAUUCAUCAACAUUGGCUGGUCAGAGUACGCUAACACCACGAUGACAAAUAUGGUAUUUGCACCUGGUGUGAAGUAUUAUGUCACUGUAACAUGUCGAAACCGAGCUGGUCUCGUCUCACGUUCAUGCUCGGAUGCAAUGGUCUUUGAUAGCACACCACCAAGUCUGGGAGAAAUAAAAGUUGGACCAUCAUUAGGUCGAAACUUAAGAAGAACGUUUGUCAGCAACAGCAAUAUCACUGUCUCCUGGGACGAGUUUAGAGAUUUGGAGAGUGGCAUGAAUUACUGCAACGUCUCCGUUAGGGACAAAGUGGAACAACUUCGCUUUGUGAAUAGCAGCAAAGCAUCCUCGGGUAAUAUCUCGCUCUAUUCCGCUGUCCUUCUUCACGGGGAUAGUUACAAUGUAAGUGUACUUUGCAUAAACAAUGCAGGUCUCGGAGCUUUAUUAAGUGUCAUUUUCACCAUCGAUAACACGCCACCAAUUCAGACGGGUCAAAUUACAGCUGGGGUAUCACGCAAUCAGUCUUUCCAGUAUCAGUCGAACACAGAAUCCAUCACUGCCACAUGGCCUUCGUUUGCUGAGAAUGAAAGCUCUGUCCAGAAUUAUCGUUUUGCGAUCGGUACUCAGCCUUACCAAGACGAUGUUGUUAGCUUUGAGAAUGUGCAGCUCGCAACACAGGUAACCAAGAAUGACCUCAGUCUUACCCAUGGAAAAAUAUAUUACAUAACAGUUGUAGCAACAAAUCUAGCGGGUUUAAGUACAACAAUUUCUUCGCUUGGACUCGUCAUAGACACAACUCCACCAUUAGCUGUUGACAAUGACGUCCACGAUGGCCCAAAUGGGGAUGACAUGGACUACUUUUCACCAAAGAUGACUAUUGAAGCCCAUUGGAAGGACAUAAGAGAUCCAGAAAGCGGUAUAAGGAACAUCGAAUACUGUUUAGGAACCCAACCUCGAGGUUGUCAAAUAAAAGCAAUGACAAAUGUUGGAACCAACUUGUCAAUUGCGUGUCCAACCUGUCGUAUUACCGCGGGAGAGAGAGUGUAUGUAACGGUACAAGUGACAAAUAGAGCUGGUAUUUCUGUUACUCGCAGCUCUAAUGGAAUGCUUUUAGAUGUAAGCCCGCCGCUAAUGGGCGAUGUCAUCGACGGAAACAAUGUGCUAGGAGUGGAUUAUAACGUUGUACUCGAGCAUUGGAACGUCUCUAUGACUUGGUUCGGCGUCGAAGAUACCGAAAGUGGCGUACAAUCAUGUAUGUGGAUUAUCGAGGGCAAAGAUAAGGGCAAAAUCCUUCAAGUCGAUAUUACAAAUAGGUCAACCUAUGCAAAGAGAAAUGCAUAUUCGAAUUCUCAGAAAUACGCUGACCUUAACCUCCUCGAAAACACGACCUACUUCAAUGUACUGUCAUGUUGGAAUAACGCAAGAAUGAUUAAUACUGCUAAAUCCAAUGGUUUUCGAGUGAGGUCUAUCUGGCCCAUACCGAAAGUUGUUAGAGACGGAAUUAUAAAACUUGUUGACGUCGACUAUCUUACUAGUGCAAAGAACGUUGGUGCCAACUGGGAUCCUUUUAUGGACGAUGUCUUAGAUCCAGUCGUUGACUAUGCCUGGGGUAUAGGAACAACUCCUGGUAAAGAUGAUAUUUUGCGUUUCACUAGUAUUGGGCUGAGGACGAGCGUACGAAAAGACUUGGACGGCAUGGUACCAGGUCUUGAAGUCUUAACUUUAGGUCAGAAGUAUUACAAUACCAUUAAAGCCACCUCCUCAAGGGGACUCAGCAGUAUAGGCACGUCCGAUGGCUUUACAGUAGACUCCACUUCCCCACGGAUAACAAAGGUCACCACAAACCACAGAGUCACGGACCAGGAACAAAAGACUGUUGAAAUACACGUUACGUGGAGUCAGGCUGGAGACGAUGAGAGCGGCAUACAAAGCAGCGCAUACUGUUUAGGAAAAUCACCUCUUACUUGUGUAGGAGAUUCAAUACCAGCAUAUUCCUCCACUUCAGGUGUAAUCGGCCCCUUUACACCUCAAUCUCGCGCUGCAUAUUACGCGACUUUGAUUGUUGUAAACAGAGCUGGCUUAACGUCUGUUUUGUCAUCUGAUAAGCUGAUAUUUGACACAACAGCCCCAUCCAAAGGAGUUGUCAUAGACGGAAUUGGCCAGGAUAUCGACUUUACAGAUUCGACUAAUACACUAUCAUUUCAGUGGGAGGGAUUUAAAGAUGAAGAAUCAGGUGUUGCUGGCUGCACUUGGGCACUGAUCGAGCAAUCUGUUUCACGAAACAGUUCCUCUUUUGGAAAUGACACAGUUGUCGUGCGGAAAGUUGUAGAGAGCAAUGGAAACCUCACUGAAGGAAGUCUCAGUCUUAUUCCUGGCGCUCGAUACAUCAGUCGAGUAACCUGUACAAAUGGUGAUGGCUUCAGUAGCACCUCAUCGUCUGAUGGUGUUAUUGUAGACGUUACCGCGCCAGCUGCUAGUCUAGUUCGCGACGGAUUAUCUCUCUCCUUUGAUGUUCAGUUUCAGUACUCAACAUCAGCGGUAGCAGCAAUAUGGGAACCAUUCAACGACCACGAGAGUGGUAUAGCAAGUUACCGCUGGGGCCUUGGUACCAGCCCUGAUAAUGUUGACGUCAUAGAUUUUACGGAUGUUGGCAUGAUGACUUCAGCAGAGGCCGGGAAUCUUACCCUCACACACGGAGUACGGUAUUACAUUACAGUGGAAGCCACGAAUGGUGCUGGAAUGACGUCACAUGGAUGGUCUGAUGGCUUCAUCGUUGACACUUCGUCACCAGAGUUGACAGAGCUUUCCCGUGGUUCUACUUUGUGGCUUGGACCCGAAGAAAAACCUCAGGCAUCUUGGAAAUCAUUUGAUUUCGAGAGUGGCAUAUCGAAAACAGCAUUCUGCGUUGGAACAGUCCCCAAUGGCUGCCAGGUGAAAUCCAUGACUCAUAUAGCUUAUAAUGCGACAGAAAUCACUUGCCAUGACUGUGACUUAAGACACCAAGAGACCUAUUACAUCACCAUACAGGUACAGAACCACGCAGGGCUCUUUGCAUUGGCAACAACGAACGAAAUGAAAGCAGACUUCACUUCGCCGUCUGUCGGCAAAGUGCUGCCGGUCGCUGAUGUCAUAUCAUGUGUACAAAACUGUUCUCUGGUCUCAAAGGUCAUGUUCUUUCAGGAUGACGAAAGUGGUGUGAAAUCAUGCAGUUACGCUAUUCGA